UUGAACUGAGCUCAAACUAGCGAGCUCUAACUCGAAUCGAACUCGAGGUCGAGCUUGAUUCUAUUCCUACGAGCGAGCUAAAAUAAACAAGUAUUCGGCUCGGAUAGAUUCGAAUCCACCCCUACGCGCAUCGAACAGGAGAUGACAAAAAAAGCGAUGUAAAACGCUACAAGUAUUACGUGAUGACUCAGAGAAAGAGCUCAAGUGCUCUAGUGCUCCACAUAAAAAUUUUUAUAAUUCAGGUGGUUGCAGGGCUGCUUUGGGUUUCAUGGAUCUGGGUCCCGGAGAAGAUCCUCCCAAAACCCUGUCUGUAACUGUAAGGCACAAAUGCUCAGCAUGCUUCAAGCAAUACAAGAAAAAGGAGCAUCUCAUUGAGCACAUGAAGGUGUCAUACCACUCAAUCCAUGAGCCCAAGUGUGGGGCUUGUAAAAAGCACUGCAAAUCACUGGAAUCAUUGAGGGAGCAUCUUACAGGUCCAUUGCCAAAAGCCAAUUGUUCGAGGUUAUUCGUUGCCCAAGGCUGUAAUAUUUGCUUGAACAUCUUUGAGAGCCCUGAUGCUCUCAACGCACAUAAAGAGAUGUGUAUCUUUUCUUCCCCUGCUCCCAUUGGGCCUCUCAGAAUGCCUUCCGUGGAUUCUGAAAUGGAAAAUUCAGGAUUGCCCAGUGUUGAUAAUACGAGCCAAGGUCCUCAAGUGGUUGCUAUGGAUUGUGAGAUGGUCGGUGGUGGAAGUGAUGGAUCACUUGAUCUUUGUGCAAGGGUGUGCCUCAUUGAUGAAAAUGAGAAAGUGAUCUUCCAUUCUUUUGUGCAACCUUUGAUUCCUGUCACCAAUUAUAGAUAUGACAUAACUGGCCUAACAGAAGAGCAUUUAAGAGAUGCAAUGCCACUCAACCAAGUGCAAGAGAAGAUUCAGGAGAUAUUGUACAAUGGGGAGGCCAUAUGGAGAAUGCGAAUGGAAGGGGGGAAAGCCAGACUUCUUGUGGGUCAUGAUCUAGAACAUGACUUGGAUUGCCUGAGAAUGAACUACCCUGACCACUUAUUGAGGGAUACUGCCAAAUACCGUCCAUUGAUGAAAACAAAUCUGGUCAGCCACUCACUCAAGUACCUCACAAAGACAUAUUUAGGAUUUGAGAUUCAGUCUGGAGUACAUGACCCAUACGAGGAUUGUGUGGCUGCUAUGAGGCUUUACAAGAGGAUGAGUGCUCAAGAUCAUCAAAUGGAAGGAACUUUGACACCUGAUUUAACUCAGUAUACUCAGAUCUAUACAAAAAGCUUUGAUUCAUGGAAGCCCAAGCAACUAGAGAAGAUGUCCCCAGAUGAACUUUUCAAGAUUUCAAGAUCAAGCUACAGGUGUUGGUGUUUGGAUUCAAGGAAACCAACGGAAUCCUGAGUGCUUGUAACUUUUCUUCUCCAUACAGGAAAAUGUGGAUGUUCUUCUAAAUAAAUUGCAAAGGAAUAUGGAAAGGAGCUACGAUUUCUUUGUUCAUAUUCAAGUUACAUGUUCAAAUUGACAUGGAGGCUAAAGCUUGAUUACAACAAAAGGCUGGAAAGUGGUAAUCAACUAAUCCUAGGGAUGGCAAUUAUCAGAUGAUCCGAUAACUGUAAAUGCAAAUGUAUACCAAAGAAAAGGACAGUGUAAUUGGGGUUGUUUUAUCCAGGACAAAGGAAGAAACAUUCUGAUUUUUUAUUUUCACUCA